UGUCCCCCCUCGCCGCAGCAACAGCAGCCGCCUGCGCCGCGCUUCUCCCCCGCUGAGUGCCCCCCGGCGCCCCCCGCCGCGGCCAUGGCCGGCCCAGCAGCCCCCCCCGCGGGCAAGUUCCAGUUCGCCAUCGACCGCGGCGGCACCUUCACCGACGUCUUCGCCCGCGGGCCGGGAGGCCAGGUCCGCGUGCUGAAGCUGCUCUCCGACGACCCGGGCAACUACGGCGACGCGCCCACCGAGGGCAUCCGCCGCAUCCUGGAGCAGGAGUGCGGCGUCCCCUUCCCGAAAGAGCAGCCCCUGGACACGUCGCGCAUCGAGUGGAUCCGCAUGGGCACCACGGUGGCCACCAACGCCUUGCUGGAGCGCAAGGGGGAGCGCCUGGCCCUGCUCAUCACCAGGGGCUUCCGGGACUUGCUGCACAUCGGGACCCAGGCCCGGCCCCACAUCUUCGACCUGGAGGUCUCGGUGCCUGAGAUGCUCUACGAGGCGGUGGUGGAGGUGGACGAGCGCCUGGCCCUGCACCGUGAGGGGUGCCGGCUCUUUGGCUCGGUUCAGCCCGUCACAGGCUUGACGGGGGACUCCUUGGUGGAGCAGCGGCCUGUGGACCUGGCUGCCCUGCGGGGGGCGCUGGAGGGGCUCUUGGCACGCGGGAUCUGCAGCCUGGCCGUGGUUCUCCUGCACUCCUACCUGUGGCCGGAGCACGAGUGGCAGGUGGGGGCGCUGGCCCGGGAGCUGGGCUUCCGCCAGGUGUCGCUCUCCUCGGAGGUGAUGCCCAUGGUGCGGGCUGUGCCCCGGGGCUUCACGGCUUGUGCGGACGCCUACCUCACCCCCUGCAUCCGCCGCUACCUCCACAGUUUCCGGGCCGGCUUUGCUUCCCAGCUCCAGGGAGUGCCCGUCCUGUUCAUGCGCUCGGAUGGCGGCCUCACCCCCAUGGAGGCCUUCAGUGGAUCUCGCGCCAUCCUGUCCGGCCCAGCGGGGGGUGUGGUGGGCUACGCAGUCACCACCUACAGCCAGGCAGACGGGCGGCCUGUCAUCGGCUUUGACAUGGGAGGCACCUCCACGGACGUCAGCCGCUACGCUGGCGAGUUUGAGCACGUCUUUGAGGCCACGACGGCCGGCAUCAGCAUCCAGGCCCCCCAGCUCGAUAUCAACACGGUGGCAGCCGGGGGCGGCUCGCGGCUCUUCUUCAGGUCUGGGCUCUUUGUUGUUGGGCCUGAGUCGGCAGGGGCCCACCCUGGCCCUGCUUGCUACCGGAAGGGAGGGCCGCUGACAGUGACAGAUGCCAACCUGUGCCUGGGCCGCCUUCUGCCCGACUACUUCCCUCGCAUCUUUGGGCCAACUGAGGACCUGCCGCUCUCACAGGAAGCCACACUCCUGGCCUUCCAGGAGCUCACUGCAAAGAUCAACGCCUUCCUGGGGGCUGGCUCGACCCUCCGCCCAGAGGAGGUAGCCAUGGGCUUCAUCCAGGUGGCCAAUGAAGCCAUGUGCAGGCCCAUCCGGGCCUUGACGCAGGCCCGGGGCCACGACACGUCGCGCCACGUCCUGGCCUGCUUUGGCGGAGCGGGAGGGCAGCACGCCUGCGCCAUUGCCCGGGCCCUGGGCAUGCCCAAGGUCUUCGUCCACAAGCACAGCGGGGUCCUGUCGGCCUACGGGCUGGCGCUGGCAGACGUGGUGCACGAGGCCCAGGAGCCCUGCUCCCUGACCUACGGGCCGGAGGCCUUUGCCCAGCUGGACCAGCGCCUGGCCGCCCUGGAGCAGGAGUGCGUGCGGGCUCUGGAGGCCCAGGGCUUCGCCAGAUCCCAGAUCGGCACGGAGCCCUUCCUGCACCUGCGCUACGAGCGGACCGACUGCGCCUUGAUGUGCUCCGCCAGGGGCUACCCAGCCACCCCGGACUCCUGCUGCCGGGGCGACUUUGGCGCUGCCUUUGCUGCCAGGUACCUGCAGGAGUUCGGAUUCACCAUCCCCAGCCGGACCAUCUUGGUGGACGACGUGAGAGUGAGAGGCACGGCCAGUUUGGGGCUGGGCCAGGAAGAGCCGGCCGCGGCCAGCAGCGGACCCCCUCGCCUGGAGACGGUGUGUCGCUGUUACUUUGAGGGUGGCUACCUGGAGACCAGCGUCUACCUGCUGGAGGACCUCUCUGCAGGCCACGCCAUCCCUGGUCCCAGCAUCAUCCUGGAUAAGAACAGCACCAUCCUCGUGGAGCCAGGCUGCACAGCGUCUGUGACCCAUUUGGGCAACAUCUGCAUUGCGGUGGGGUCUGAGGCGGAGCGUCCGGUUGGGCCCCAGAUUGACCCGAUCCAGCUCUCCAUCUUCUCCCACCGCUUCAUGAGUAUUGCAGAGCAGAUGGGUCGCGUCCUGCAGCGCACGGCCAUCUCCACCAACAUUAAAGAGAGGCUGGACUUCUCCUGCGCACUCUUUGGGCCUGACGGGGGGCUGGUGUCCAACGCCCCCCACAUCCCUGUCCACCUGGGGGCCAUGCAAGAGACGGUUCAGUUUCAGAUCCUGAACUUGGGCUCGGACCUCCGUGAGGGUGACGUGAUCCUGAGCAACCACCCGUGUGCAGGCGGCAGCCACCUGCCUGACCUGACCGUCAUCACUCCGGUGUUCUGGCCAGGGGAGCCUCGGCCUGUUUUCUUUGUGGCCAGCAGGGGGCACCAUGCAGACAUCGGGGGCAUCACCCCUGGCUCCAUGCCCCCGCACUCCCACUGCCUCCAGGAGGAGGGGGCUGUCUUCAUCUCUUUCAAACUGGUGAAGGAUGGAGUCUUCCAAGAGGAGGCAGUCACGGAGGCCCUUCUGGCCCCGGGGCGCAUUCCGGGCAGCAGCGGCACACGCAAUCUCCCGGACAAUCUCUCUGACCUGCGUGCUCAGGUGGCAGCCAAUCAGAAGGGGAUCCACUUGGUGAAUGAACUGAUUGGCCAGUACGGGUUGGAAGUGGUGCAGGCUUACAUGGCCCACAUCCAGGCCAAUGCGGAGGUGGCGGUCCGAGAGAUGAUGAGGGACUUUGCCACGCGGCAGGGAGAGCCAGGGCGCCCCCUGCAGGUGGAGGCAGAGGACUUCAUGGACGAUGGCUCCCCUAUCCGCCUGAAGGUGAUCGUUGACCCCCAAGAGGGCAGCGCUGUGUUUGAUUUCACGGGAUCCGGCCACGAGGUGUAUGGGAACUGCAACGCCCCCCGGGCCAUCACCCUCUCGGCCCUGAUCUACUGCCUGCGCAGCAUGGUGGGCCGCGACAUCCCCCUCAACCAGGGCUGCCUGGCCCCUGUGCAGGUGCUCAUCCCCAAGGGCUCCAUUCUGGCCCCCUCCCUGGAUGCAGCCGUGGUGGGGGGCAACGUGCUGACCUCACAGAGGGUGGUCGACGUCAUCUUCCGGGCAUUUGAGGCCUGUGCAGCAUCUCAGGGCUGCAUGAACAACGUCACCUUUGGGAACGAGCGUGUCGGCUAUUAUGAGACAGUGGCAGGCGGUUCUGGGGCCGGGCCCCACUGGCAUGGGCGCAGCGGGGUGCACAGCCACAUGACCAACACCCGCAUCACUGACCCCGAGAUCCUGGAGAAACGGUACCCGGUGAUCCUGAGAUGUUUUGAGCUGGCCCCAGGCACGGGGGGUGCUGGGCGCUUCCAGGGGGGGGAUGGGGUGCGGCGGGAGCUGCAGUUCCGGGAGGAGAUGGUGCUGUCGGUGCUGAGUGAGCGGCGGGCUUUCCGGCCCUACGGGCUGCAAGGUGGUGAGCCCGGCUCCCCCGGCCUGAACCUCCUGAUCCGCCAGGACGGUCGGAUCAUCAACCUGGGAGGCAAGACAUCUGUGAAAGUGGCGCCCGGGGACAUCUUCCGCUUGCAGACCCCAGGCGGAGGCGGCUUCGGACUCUCCUCUGGGCCCGCCCAGCCCCUGAGAGGACAGGGGCCCCCACCCCCCGGGGACCGGCCCUUCGUGGAGCGAGGAAGCGUCCAUGACUACCGCCUGUCUCAGGAAGCGGCCUGAGGGGCCCCCAAGCCCCCCCCUCUGCUGCCACCCUGGGCCACGGGAAGGCUGGGACGGCAGGGGCUAGGGCUGUGACGCUGAGCCCAUGCCCUGGGAAGGGGAGGCGGCAAGAUUUCUUCAGCCCCUUGGCCUAGAUCCAGCGCCUUCCCGUGAGCGGAGCGAGGAGGGGCAGUUGCACGGAUUGUCCAGUGGGCAGCAGAUACAGCCGGUGGGAAUGCUGGGGGGGGUUGACGGGGGGGGGACAGAGCAUGCAACGCCUGCCUUGAGCCAGCAGAGGCAGGUGAUGGGGGGGGCGUGCUGUGCCUGCAGGGGUGUCAGGCAUCCCUUGACCCACUUCUUGGCAAGGCAAAUGCAGUAGAAGAGAGUCAAGGGAGCCCGGUCAGAGGGGCCGAGGGGGGGGGCAGCGGCUCCUGCUGCCCCUGGCCCAGCCCGGCUGCCCCUGUCACCACCCCACACCCCACCCGCCCUCCACUCCAGCUUGGCCUCUUCCAGGGCAAAGUAGUCCUCAGCAGCCACUCCCGAAGGCACUCCCUGCAGGAAGACGCUCCCUUGGCUGGCGGGGCCCCGCGUGGCUCCGCUUCCACGUUCUGGGGGGGUGAAUAAAGCUUGAACCUGCUGUUCAGAAUGUG